UGCCUGCUACCUUUUAAGGGGUGGAGAGUCGGUAGUUGAUUAAAAUCUUACCCCACCCUCAGAAAAACUCUUUGGAAAUGGGAGAAUCGGGACGUGGAUGAUUCUAGAGGCGUGCCUAAUCACCAGGUGUCAGACUAUGUGGUGUUUGUGGUCUAACGUGCCAAAUCAAAGAGCAGCAGUGAAAAUCAUUUGAGAAGAAUUCUCCAAGGCGCAUCCAAUGUUUAGCAGGACCACCCUGACAGAGAAAGGAAGACGAUGUUUCGGGAAGGCGAGGGUUCGGGGCAGCUGGGGCGGAGGCGGCGGUCCCCGGCACGGAGGCUUCGUGCGCUGCCCUAGGGGAAGAGGAUGGGCCUGAGGUCCGGGAAGAGCCUUCCCGAGCCCCCCACUUCCAAUGCGGGGAGGGAAAAGUUGCGAAGCAGCCUCGAGGGAACAAAAGCCUGAUUCGGGACCGGCUGAACUGGACAGGACCUUGAAGCAAGCCAGCCUGCUCCGGGGACAGGCAGGGGCUCCCGCUGGCUCGCGGAGGCCGGAGCUACCCUCGCCGCCGCCGCCCUCGCCACCGCGCCGCCGCCGCGGCCCCUGCGUUACUGGGGGAGACGGUGCCGCUGCGACAGGGGAGGACGCGGCUGGAGCUGAAGGAGGCUCCAACGCGCAGGCGCCGCCGAGCCCUGCCUGGAUGCUCAGUCAAGGCACUCAGGAAAAAAAAAAUCAGCAAUUUAUAGAAAGAAGAAGCUAUAGUCUGUCGGGAUAUCCAACACCAACAGAUAUUCUGAUGGCAAAUCAAACGGAAGGAAAGAGGAAGCAUAACCACAGAUUGGAUCAGAUCUCUUUGUGGAUUACAUUGUUAGUAAAAUGUAUGGAUCUAGCUUUUCCUUGUUCUUAUAUCUAGAUCAUGAGACUUGACUGAGGCUGUUUCCUUAUCCUUCAUCCAUCUAUGGCGAACUAUAGCCAUGCAGCUGACAACAUUUUGCAAAAUCUCUCGCCUCUAACAGCCUUUCUGAAACUGACUUCCUUGGGUUUCAUAAUAGGAGUCAGCGUGGUGGGCAACCUUCUGAUCUCCAUUUUGCUAGUAAAAGAUAAGACCUUGCACAGAGCUCCUUACUACUUCCUGCUGGAUCUGUGCUGUUCAGACAUCCUCAGAUCUGCAAUUUGUUUUCCAUUUGUAUUCAACUCUGUCAAAAAUGGCUCUUCCUGGACUUAUGGGACUCUGACUUGCAAAGUGAUUGCCUUUCUGGGGGUGUUGUCCUGUUUCCACACCGCUUUCAUGCUCUUCUGCAUCAGCGUUACCAGAUACCUAGCUAUCGCCCAUCACCGCUUCUAUACAAAGAGGCUGACCUUUUGGACGUGUUUGGCUGUGAUCUGCAUGGUGUGGACUCUGUCUGUGGCCAUGGCAUUCCCCCCGGUUUUAGACGUGGGCACGUACUCGUUCAUUAGGGAGGAGGAUCAGUGCACCUUCCAACACCGCUCCUUCAGGGCUAACGAUUCCCUAGGAUUUAUGCUGCUCCUCGCUCUCAUCCUCCUAGCGACACAGCUUGUCUACCUCAAGCUGAUAUUUUUUGUCCACGAUCGAAGGAAAAUGAAGCCAGUCCAGUUUGUAGCAGCCGUCAGCCAGAACUGGACCUUUCAUGGCCCUGGAGCCAGUGGCCAGGCAGCUGCCAACUGGCUAGCAGGAUUUGGAAGGGGUCCCACACCACCCACCUUGCUGGGCAUCAGGCAAAAUGCAAAUACCACAGGCAGAAGACGGCUGCUGGUCUUAGAUGAGUUCAAAAUGGAGAAACGAAUCAGCAGAAUGUUCUAUAUAAUGACUUUUCUCUUCCUAACCUUGUGGGGCCCCUACCUGGUGGCCUGCUAUUGGAGAGUUUUUGCAAGAGGGCCUGUAGUGCCAGGGGGAUUUCUAACGGCUGCUGUCUGGAUGAGUUUUGCCCAAGCAGGAAUCAAUCCCUUUGUCUGCAUUUUCUCCAACAGGGAGCUGAGGCGCUGUUUCAGUACAACCCUUCUUUACUGCAGAAAAUCCAGGUUACCAAGGGAACCUUACUGUGUUAUAUGAGGGAGCAUCUGUAAAUCUUUAGCCUUGUGAAACACUAACCUUCUCUGCUAAGCAAUUGUGGCCUGUAGCCAUGUCUUGAGAAGAAAAUCAAGGAUGGGAUCAGCAGUUAUAAGGAUUUGGGCAACCUUCUGCAGUCUUUGCAAUAGUUCACCUAUAAUCCUAUUUUAAAUCUCAGAGUGAUCCUGCUGACUGCCGCUGAAGGUUUGUAAUUAAGAAAGGACAGAACCACUGCCCUAAGUUUCUUUCUGUGGUUGAACACUAGAUAAUGAACGUAGCAGGUGCUAAGUAUCAGUGCUAAAUGCUGUGUAUAUCAUUACAUAUGAAAAAACUUAAAAACAAUUAGCAUUGGACCUUUUAAUAAAUUAAGUUGACAUGAGAUAAAUGUGUUGAUAAAAGCUAAUUUUAGAAGUUUGAAGACUUUAAAACAUUUCAUACUAUUUUUGUUUUGCAAAGACUUCACUACUGGGGGAACUAACAGUACUGUAAUCCUCUAAAGAUGUGCCAUGAAUUAUUGGGGUACAACACUUUAAACACGCCUUGUAAGUUUGGGGGAGCAUUCCAAAGCAGUAUAUUGGUUCCAAUUAGAGUUUACCCUUUUUGUAUUAAUAUAUUGCUCUUUCUAAAUGCCACUUUCCUUCCCUACCAGUGAAACUGCUAGCAUUGAACUGUAUUAUGUGUUUUCUGUUCAUUCAGUAAAAGAGUUUCCAGUUUGUUUCUAUUUUACAAAUGCUAGAUAUCUGUCUGGGAGGCAACAUGAAUGGUAUCAACUGACCACAGAUGUGCAGUUCUAAUGAUACAGAAUAAACACGUGUUGCCUUAAAGGGUUAUCUAGUAUCCUUCAUAUUCUUUAGCAGUGGAGCAAAUAGUCAAGAGACAUUGAAUCAGUGACUGGCCCUGGCUGUUUAUCAGGAAGUGCAUGGGAGAGCAUUGAAUACUUUUCCAUUUUUCCUCACAUGGUUUGAAAAUGAAGGUGCACAUCACUAGGAUAAUGAAAUUUCCUUCUGGGAUGUGCUACCCAUCCUAGUGUGCUCUGAGAAGCGGACAGUUGAUAUUUGUUUAUAUUAGAUGUCAGCUGUCAAGGGGAGCCUACAGCCUUAGAUGACACCUGGCACAAGUUGUAGAGCAUUUAUUCUAUGGAAGGCAAGUCUUGUUUAUACUUUUUGCACAUUCGGUGUAUUGGUCGCUUAUAAUAUGAUUUCUGGUAUUUUAGAAAUACAUUAGAUUCUGUGAGUCUCAUUCUUUAAGAUACAGAUGUGUGAACUUCAAUAUAAAGUUGCAUUUGCCAAAAUUUAUCUGUGUAGCCUGUUAAUUUUCGUGGAAUAAAUUUUACAUUUUUGGCAUAUAACUUUCUUUAAUCUAGCAAACAAGCACAAUUCAGAAAAAAAUAGCUUUAUUAUGAUUUUUUUUAUUUUUUGUAGUUACCAUAUUCUGCAACUGGAAAUAUGUGACUGACAGCAGAAAGUUGAUUUAAUAUUUCUAAGGCAUUUUUGGGUAACUUUUCAAAUCCAUCCCUUUAUUUAUUUUUAUGUGGCAGUAGUAUUUAUAAACAAAUACAUGCCUAAUUGUUUGGUUUGAAGUUUUAAUAUAAUGAUUACACUUUAGUGUAUAGUUGAAUUUGAGUUCCAAAUCUAUGACUUGUUAGAUGGUUUGCAGAAACAUAUGACAAAGCCAGAGAAAACUGUUAUUAGUUCUAUUGGCUUUCCAUAGUUUUGUUUGUUUCUGGACGGAUUUUUGUUUGUUUGUUUUGUUUUGUACUUGUAUUUGGAAAAUAAGCUUAAGAACCUCAUGAAACAGAAUUUCUUAUUGAUAUAAUACUUCUAUAAACAGAAUUUUUGAUAUAAACAGAAAAAACAAAAAAUUGAAUUUUUUCGAUGGUCUAUGCAACGACUCAGUUUUGCUGAAGCCAUGAUUAGUGAGUAUUCUAACCUCAUUUCUACACCAAAGCUUAUUUGACCUGAGACAAAGUUUAGUGAACAGCAGUGAGGUAGAUAUAGCAAUAAAAGCUCCUUGUUCAUAAUAAAACUAUUACCAAAACACAAUAAAGACAAUGUUGCCCAAACAUGGUCUCCUAAAAUGUUUCCAUCUCAAAAUUUAUAGGAAAGACAUGGGCAUAGAUUCUUUUCACGAAAAACUUUGCAUAAAGUUUCAAAUAUCAAUCAGAAAUUUCAGUAAUGAUCUUAAGGCCAGUGAACAUAGGUUUCACUAAUCCAUAUUUCUAUUAUUUAUAAGUAAACAGAUGUGUGUUAAGAGUGGGGGGACAUUAGGAAGGAAGAGAAAAGCAGAUGAGUUUGCCUGACUCUACCUAUUUACUUGGACUAAAAAGUCAAUUGGUAUAAAUGACUAAUCCAGGGAGUCAGUGACUGUCACUCUUGGCCUACUUGGCAAGAUUGAAGCAGGGGUUCAGAAACAGCUCCAGUUAACAAUCAAGUUUGUAAAUCAACACAUAGUAAUGGUAAUCAUAAAAAUAAGUCUGUGUCUUUAUGACCAAAACAUAUUAUCUAUUAUGGCAACCAUUUCAAUAGUCAAUAAAAAAAACAGUUGAUAAUUAACUCCACUUGAAAUUUUUACUAAUCUUCAAUCCACAAAAAUAUAUCCAACUUCCCACUGAGAAAGUCUCAUCAUCAAUAAAUAAUGGGUUCCCCUUGGACUUUUUACACUACAGAGUUGAACAGUCUUUACAUUGUUUUCCAUCGUAGUGGCAAUGUUUUUCAGUGGUCUGGUUCCUUUUAUACACAGUGGAUUUUUAUGUUUGUGACUGUGGAAUCCCAUGCAGAUAUUAACUAAGGCAGACAGAGGUGAGUAGCUUGCCUGUUUUCUACAUAGGCUUGAUUGGAAAGACAAAAUUAAUUACAGUUGAAAAACAUUAAUUGUAAAUAGGAAAGUAAAUAGACUAUCUUCUUCAGACAUUAGCUAAUUGUAUUUCAACAGCACUGUUCCCUAUAGAAUUGACUGAUUUGUCAUUGUUAAUACUUGGAUAUGGCCUCUUUCCCAAUCAUCUACAUUUCUAUGGAUGCUUACCUGAGUAGAUUGCUCAUUUCAUCAUUUGUUCAGUAAAUUCAUCCUAGGCCCUGGCUUCAUGCUGUGAGGAUUGUGAAAAACAGGACCGAAUGAGCUUUCCUUGAGCUUAGUCAAGUGGGAAAGAAUCAUCAGCUAUGGAGUAAUGGCAAUGGUGAGUUUUGGGUGCUAAGAAAACAAAUACACCUAGGGCGGGGUCGGAAUUAAUGACACAAAUUAAGUUUGUUUCCACUUUCUCUAUAAUGCCUUAUCUCCUGGUUUGCCUUGGAAUCUUUUAUAUAUCGUACUUGCUCAACUCUGGGGGCACCUUUUGCUGUAUUUCUUAAUGAAAAUGUCAGGACCUUGCCACUCAUGCUUAGAUGAAUCACCAUGCUGUGUUUUGGAAAUAGCUCCCAUGUUGCUCACAGUUUGUGUAAAGUCACAGAGAAACCUACAUGUCAAAUCUCUCCUCACCCCACUGUGUCCUGUUUACUUCCACAAGAAAUAAUUCAAUUCCUUCAAGAGACUUGGAGGUGAAUCUUUUCUGCUAGAGUCAUACUUCUCUCAACUUACCAUGAAAAUAUCUGGGUAGAAUACAAUCAAAUGACAGACUUGUCCCCAUGCGUUUAGUGAUCAGGGAGUCUUUCCUGGUGCCAACCAAAAAUAGAAAUAAUAUAUGAAAUGAGGUGUAUUUUUAUUAUUAAAGUCUGCCACCCCUUUAAGACUUCUACUGCUCCUUAUUGGGGUGAAAAUACAACUCCUGAGUGUCUUAUAGCUGAAAAAUUGGUUUGGCCUCCAGCAGUUAUUACUAAUAAAAGUACAAAGGAACAUCCUCAGAAUUAUGCAGAUAUAAAACUUUCGUCUAUGUCCUUUAAUUGCUGAACUGGGCUGCACCUGGGAUUGCUACUGGGAAGUUGUGAAUAGAACCCACUUCUCCAUAUUCAACAUUAGACAAAUUUGAGUUUUUAUUCCGUCUUAUCCCAUGGGUAGCAUAGACUAUAACUUGUUUAUACAUAAAAUUCCACCUUAUUUUAAUCCCAUACUAAACAUAAAAAAGGGAGGCCCUAAAUAAUGACAUGCUUCAAACAGUGGCGAGUGAUGCCAAAAUCAAGAUUAAGUUUGUGAUCUGUGAGUUAUUUAUUGUUCCCAAGUCUUGUGAGUUUGUUUUUCCAUGAAAAAAAAGAUAUAUUAGUUUUGUGUUUGGUGAUAGAGUUUAUGAAUAUUUUGAAUAGAUAUUAUAAGUUCUAUUAUCUGUUUAUUAGUGGAAUUUUAUUAUCCUUUGCAAUUAUAGUCAUGCCAUUGAUUUUAUGACUUUUCUAGACCUUCAGAAACUUUACUUAUAUCCCAUUAAAAUGAUAGAAUUGCUCAAUAUUGAGGUGUGAAUCCAUAGCCUGUACAGUGCUUAAAAUGAAAUGAAGAUACCAUUUGUAGAUGUAAGUAAAGUAAGUUAAAAGUGUAGAAAACAAAACCAAACAAAAAAACCGAGAAACAUAGGGGAGGUUUGGGGUGAACCAGACUCACAAAUAGUUUGCCUUGUGAUGCAAUGUGACAGAUUCCAAAAAUAAAUAGUAAAACCAAAAGCCUUUAACAUUAUAAAAUGUUACAUAAGUAAAGCCUUGUUUUUAAACAAGGAAUGGAGAUUUUUCGCCAUCUCAUUUUGCCAAAGGAUGUUGUCCAUUAGCCGUCCAAACCCUUUGGGUUAAAAGGCUUUUAAAGCCAGUUUCCUCUCCCAGAGCCAGAAAGUUGAUCAAGCAGUAGAUCUUCUAAUGCUCCAGAAAUGGGGACAGCUAGGAGAACGCCUUGCCCUAAAAGUGCCCUGUACAAACAGGCCUCAGGGAAACCACAGGUCAGUGGGAGGAUGGAGCCAUUCACACUUGGCCUUCACAGCCAGCUCCCAGCUCCCUCUGAUACCUAAGGACACAUCAUCCUCUUGAGUGUGGGAAAUACUAGAUUCUUGUCAGAAAUAGCAAAGCUGAUAUUGCAAUUCAGGACUUGUUUUAUGAAAUUUUGGAUAGUAAAAUACUAAAGUAGUUAAGUUAUGUGGGUACUCAAGUUCAUCGGAUGAGGAAGAAAGGUACCCACUAUACCACUGGCAAGGGGGAUUAUACUAUAAAACUUGUUGAAGAUGGAGUAAAAAUUUGGCUUGAACUAACCACAACGAAUCAGUUGCUUCUUUUUUAUAGACAAGAAAAGAAGAAGCAAUUAAAUAGAUGAAGCAGAAUUUGUUCCUUUGUCUUCCAUCAACAAAUGUUUAAUUUAAUGUUGACUUUUUUCUCCCAUGAAAAUGACUUUACUAUCCUUUACACUAAACAUUUGUGUCUUGAAACAUAACAUUAAUGUGAUAGCAAUUCAUUAUGCCCCCAUUUUAGAUAGACUCUCUGUCAAAUAACUUGGCUUUUCUGCCUUAACAACAGAAAUGGAAUUACAAUAGUGUGUGAAUUCUAGAGCUGUUGAGAAGAUUCAGUGAGGGCAUUCCUGUGAGGCCCUGGCAGAGAGUCCACAUUUUAAAUAAACUUUACUUUAUACUGCAAGGAAGUUCGUCAUCUCGCACUGAAGCCAUCACCAGAGAAUGAGACAAUGUGAUAAGUGCUGUAAGGGAGAUGGGUGAGAUAAGUGUUAAAACAACACAGGCAAGCAAUUAACUCUGUGAAGGUGGGAGUAGGGAGGUGAGAGGAAAGUGGCAACUCAACAGGCCUUGCAGGGUAAUUUUAAUUUCAUUGGCUCGACAAAGCUAAUAAAGCUAUUCAGACAGAGGUGUAACAAGAUGGGCAAAGGAAGGAGACAUGUGAAAACCCCUGAUGUGCCCAACAGAAAACUAAUCAAAAUCA